GAUGCCGAUCAAUUGAUCAUUUGGAGUAUUGAGUGACGGUAACGAUAUUUAUGUUGAAUGAACUUUGUUGUAUCUUGGUAUUUCGAUUGCUCGAUCGUAUGGUAUUAGUUGUCUGAAGAACAACCUCUGGAAGAACUGUAUACUUAUGUGUAUAGCUUGAUUUACUUGGCUAUAUUGGAUGUCAUAAACCAUAAGAUUAUACUAUCUCAUCACUUCAUUCAAAUAAUCCUUCGAUAACUCAAUAUCAUACUCUUAUUAGCCUUGUCUAAACACCGGAAUACAUCAUACCAUGACCUCGAGCGAUUCAAAGGAGAAAGGGAAGGCUCCUGAUAUGUCUCCUGCUUCUGCUUCCUCUACAGCUGCACCUCCAGCGCAGACAAUCUCAAACGACACACCCAGUCGACAAGACGAACAGCCGACUCCCUCUCUCUUCAACCGCAUCGGUGCUUCGGCAGCGGGAUUGGGUCGAGAUGUUUUCGCGGGGAGUGCUGGUGUUGGGGGAGAUCGAUUGAGGAGUGAUGCGCAGGGGUUACUUGCAUCGAUCGGGAAUGGGAAGGGGGGUGCGAGUAUGGAUGCGGGUGGCAAUUCAGGGUAUACGCAAAUGCACGCCGGAAAUUCUGGGUUCUUGGAUGGUUCUUCUUCGAUCUCUAGAGGAAAUGGAAAUGCUCUUGGAAUGAGGAGCUCGGGAAUUACGGGUACUAGCGAUGUCCAAGGAACUGGAGGAAGUGGAGAUUUGAAUGGGAAUGGUGUGGGAGGGGGCGAAAGAUCGAGAUGGAUACAGCAGAGCGAGAGUGAAUUUUCUGAGUUUUUGGAUGGCGUUCCUUCUCUUACUCCUGCGGGCGAUUCUGACUUUGAGGCUGGCCAUAUGGAAUCUUUUAACGGGUUACCCACGAACAAUUUGCAAGCCGUGCAGGGAGAUCAAUUUCAACAUGGCGUUCUUCCUGCGCCUACCGGUGUUUUUUCGAAUCCAGUGGGGAACCAAGCUUUCGAAGACUCAUGGAGUCAAGCUGCACGAGAAAUUGAUAAUCAGCAUAGUGCUCGCUCUGGGCCUCGCGCUGUAAAUACACAAGGACCGGUGGUCUAUCAUUUCGAGCCACUACCAGCCUGGAACCCAGAUAAUUUGACAGCAGCUGAAUUUCGUCAAAAAGCUAUGGAUACGAUCACCCGUGAAAAGGCCGAGUACAUGAAUACCUAUUACCAAGGCGCGUCCGUGCAAGAACAAGAAAGUAGAGAUGGAGACGAAGUUCGCAACUUGUUAUCUCGAAUUGGAGAAGCUUCUUUCGAUGAUGAGAUUACUGGGAUGAAUCAGGAAUUGAGCGAGACGGAAAUAGAGGGAGAUGAAAUGAAGGCUUAUGAGGGGGAGUGGUUGGGUAUGAGUUCUGUGGAACGGGAUAGGAUUAUACGGGUUACGAGGGAUUUGUUUCCGGAGGAAGUGAAGAAUGAAGUGGGGGUGAUACAUGGAGCUAUUGAUGCGGAGAAUCCGUUGAAUCUUCUUCCUUUGCAUGAGAGAGAAGCGGAGCAGAGGUGGAGAGGAGAGAGGGAAAGAGAAAGACAGAGAGAAGAAGAAGAUGACGAUGAUGAGUUUGAAGGCGAGAUAUUAAAUUUCCCAGGAACUGAAUGGAGAGUGAGGAAAGAAAAGAAAAAUGGAGAGAAGGAACAUGGAAAAGGAAAGGAAGUGUGGAAAAGUGAUUGGGAAGGUGUACUUAAAGGGUACACUGAUGAAGUUUGGGGGGGAUUAUUACCUCUAGUCAGAGAAGCGAGAGAGGAAUUGAAAGCCGAAGAGGAGAAGAGUGACGGAGGUAAAGGAGGAGGAAACGAGAAGGGAAAUCUAAAAGCACUGAGACGACUAGGUGCCGUGUUGGGACAUUUGAGAGGGUUGAAUAUUCAGUGAGUGGGAAAUAAGAUCUGAUAAUUAACUUCUGAAUGGUGAUGUAUUUAUCAUACAAAGUUCUGAGAAAUUCUAGAGAGAAUCCGAGGGUGGAUUAAUAGUAAUCAGCUCUUUCAUCAGAGUGGGAGAAUUCAUAUCGUUGAUUCAUCGAACCCCCUCCAAUUCGUCUAAUUUAAAAAGGGAGUGUGGAAUGGAAUAUAAAAUACAUACAUCCAUCCAUAUCCAUAUCCAUAUCCAUAUAGAUAUAAAUAUUACUGCAUACUAACCA